AUGUCUGAAUGGCGGCCUCGUACGUCUUCGCGCAAUCCAUCAACCCGAGGCUCUGGCCGCUCCUCGAAACCUUCCUCCACGCCGUCCUCUGUUUUUGGCAACCACUUUGCAAGGCCCCCCGUUGCUCGGACCCGCAAAUUAAGAUCUCAAUAUCCGUUGGAUUCUGAUGAACCUCACGUCGAGUAUAUACUUGUGGCAUCGUUUCAUGUUGAUAAGGGUCCCAUCAUGGAACAUCAAUAUCCUGCUCCCAUUAGCGGCGACGAGCACAUGCUUGCGGAAUUGAUGUUGCCGGACCAAGCCCAUGUCAGGAAGCAGGACUGGACCAUUUUCUUCCUGCAUAAAGACAAUGGCGGUGAAGAUGAAAAAGAUGAUUAUUCUGGGGGUAAGCAAACAGCAGGAGGAGAAGAGGACCAUCCCAGUAUCGAACAAGAUCCUGAUGUGACUGAGGAGGAGCGAAAAGAGGAGGAACGCCAAAAGCUAGAGGAUGCCAUGGGUGGCUCCGAGGGCCCUCCAUUAAUAUAUGUUCUGAACUUGGUCAACACCAAGCAAGACCCGACAGUUAAACGAGGGGCUGUGGUCAAGGCAAUGGCGAUCUGUACAAGGCAUUCGUUCCUCCACAUUUACAAGCCCUUGCUUCUACUUGCGCUUGAUGAAUAUUUCAAGUCACCACGUCUCGAAACGCUUGCUUCCUUAUAUGAUGCUGUCAAUUCAAUGGAUCUCUCAUUGAUGCCUCGCCUGUCACUGCUUGAACGUAUCAUCCUUCAAGCGAGCGACAGCAAAGACAUGUUUAUUGAGAAAUUUGAACAAAUGAUCCAACAACGCAUGGCCGGGGAAUCGAAAUCUCCCCUACCUCCCUCAUCACCAGAUUCUCCAUCCAAGUCGACGACCGAUUUGACCCGCAUGGUUGGCGGACACCGCUAUACGCUUCCUCGCGAUACGCACGAAUACGAAACCAGGGUCAUCUACAAUGGGAUUCCAAUUCCUGUCAAGGUUCCCACCGCGGUGUCUCCAGAAACUGUGGGCGACUUCUCUCUCAUCAAACUCAUUCAAACUUUUGCGGGGCCACACAGCACGUCGCCACAGCCGUUCAUGUUGCAUUCUCACCUGACCACGGCUGGCGCCUACACGCAUCCGAUCAUUGUCCUGAUGAAUGCCAUGUUGACGCAGAAACGAGUCAUUUUCAUCGGUCAUAAUCGUCCCUCUGGAGAAGUAGCAGAGGCGGUGCUUGCUGCUUGUGCGCUCGCUUCUGGUGGAAUUCUCAAAGGAUUCACACGACAUGCAUUCCCAUAUACGGACUUGACCAAGAUUGACGCGCUGCUUAAAGUUCCUGGGUUCAUUGCUGGUGUCACGAAUCCUGCAUUUGCGAACCACCCAGAGUGGUGGGACUUGCUCUGCGAUAUCCCAACUGGCAGGAUGAAGAUUAGCAGCAGGAUCGCGCCAGCGCCAGUGACAGAAGGGCUUGUUUACUUUAAUCAACAAAUUUCAUUAUCGGCAAAUAACGUCGGUUCUCCUAGCACCAAUAACCCGUCGGAUCCGGUUGGAGACCAGGCUUUUAUGGAUGACGUCCUCAGAAGCAUUGCUAAUCGAUAUGGUGAAGCGAACAUUCGAGCCCGCUGGCGGGACUGGGUUGUCAGAUUUACCCGCAUGGCUGCCGUUUUUGAAGAGAUUGUGUACGGUGCUAGUGCGUUAUACAUUGGUGGAGACGUUGCAGAUGCGGGCGCUGCGGGUGUGUCGGGCCACGGAUAUGUCUGGAGCGACGACGCCGCGCGGCAAAGGGAGCUUUCCGGAGCAGUCAGCCGAAUCGAAGGGUGGAGAAAUACACGAAGCUAUUACAGCUUUAUUCAAGACCUCGCCCAGUUUUACACUUGUUGUCCCAUUUCUCAAAUCGACUUGCACCACCAUCACGACCGGCUUCGAAGUCGGAAACUCACUCAUAACGAAUCUGCUGCAAUUUACUUCGCGUUCAACUCUACGGUUCAUAGCUACGCCGAAAUUUGUCAGUUGCUGACGCUGGCGCCAGAAAGUCAUGCGGGUCUCUUCUAUCUAUCCCUGGGUCUCUUCCACCCAGAAGGGGAAGUGCGAGUGAAAACUGCAGAGUUGCUGGAGAGAAUCAUGGAGCAUGACGCGGGGCGUCAUUUUUGGGCCUCGCUCAGCCGCUUUGCGAAAUUGGCAUUUCUCCGAAUACGCAAGAGCAGAGAAGCCGCGGAAAGGAAGAGGGUCGAGAGUAAUCCCGGGUUCGCGAUGCGCUCUUGA